AUAUGACUUUGUAAAUGACACUCUACGGAUGACACACGUUUUAUUAUCAAGCUAAUGUUUAUUGAUACCUAGAUUUCGCGAUUAGUUCAACGAACAGUUAUAUUUCCCUCUAACACUGAUAGCACAGGAUGACAGAUUAUGAAACAGUUUAAUCAUAGUGCGGAACAACGUGUGACAAGCAGUCUGUUUUUCAAAUUUAUCGAAAACAGAAAAAAUCUCCGCGCAAGUAAUACAACGUAAUAUCUAUAGUUUGUCAACAUGAAGGAAGAAUCCGAGACCAACGACAGCUCGGAAUUGUCAGCUGUAAUCGGCGCAUUGUUAGAUUCCUUAAAUGACCGAGAUCAAAAUGUCAGACGGUCCGUCGUUGAUUCGAUCGAGAGAAUAAGUAAUCGAAGUCCGGAAGUUGUUGUACAUGCUGCUAUAUACUUUUGGGAAAUGCACAAAAAGAUAUCCACGGAACACAUGGCAUCUCUGUUGAACAUAAUGUCCAGCACCUGUAGAUCUUCAGCUAUGAAACUGAACUCGGAUCUGGCAUCUUCUCUUGCUGAGGUAGCAGUGAACGAAUUGACAGGGGAGACUGAGGAUCAAGCAGCUGAGCUAUUAAUCGAGCUCUGUAAAGUACAUUGCAUCCAAGCCACUGGUGGACUCUUAACUAAAUUGGAACCUGGAGUAAUCCCUCAUCCCGCGUUAGUCUUUACUAUAGGGAAACUCGCAUCAGCCAAUCCGCAUGGAAUGUUGUCUUUUGUCAAGAUAACAUUGACCAUUGUAUUUCCAAUGCUGAACCAAAUACGCGAGGAAGUCUUGAAACAAGCAGUUUGUUUCAUGAUUGGCAAGUUUUGUGAGGCUAUAAACGAUUACAUAAUGAACUCGGAGAAUGCGACUCCGGAAAUUAAUAGGCAAACUUACCAGGAGGAAAUGUGCUCCGUUUUUGAUAUGCUGACGUACAAUUGGUUGAAGGCAUCUCGUGACUACAAAACGACCGACACCAUUCUAACAGCAUUAGUUUCGAUGGUACCUCUGUUACCCUUGGAACAAGAUGACGAGAGAGUUGUAAAGCUGAUACCUAUGUGUCUAAAUCUUUGUAGGAAGAAAAGCGUACGUUUAGCUGCCGUGAAAGUUUUAGCUGUACUUUUGAGUUGCGUGGAAAACACAAAUGACAAGGAGCCAGUCCGUCCAUUUAUGGAGAAUAUCCACCAAGUUUUAUUCGAAUUCAUCAGUGUAAGUCCCUUCGAAGCAGCUCGAGAUGUACUUCUUACGCAUUAUGAGAUACUGCAGUGCUCCAGAUCGUUGGUCAUUUUGUUCCCUGAAGAAGGUCUCGACAGAAUCUUGCAACAACUCAAAUCUCCACUUUCCAAUUAUCGCGCACGUGCUUUGAUAGUUCUUAAACAUCUCAUAAACACUCUACCGCCAGAGGAUGACGCGACAUUACAAAGAAUCGCGCUCAGCCUGCAGGAAUCUCUCGGCGAAAACAAUAGCGGCGCGCUGCAAAUGGUCAGUGCCAUUGUGGCACUUGCGGCGAGACCAACAUUUCCUCUCCUACCAUCGCAGAGGGCUAAAUUCGUUCGCUACAUGGUGUCACAUUGUGAGGGUAAAAGCGACGACAUGGAGGCGUGCUCCGAGGCUCUAUACCUGCUCGCAACGACAGUCGACGGCGUCGAAUCAUGGUUAUGGCCGUGUUUGAUAAACGCAUUGCUGGAUCAAGCUUCCGUAGCGUCCGUUACAUCCGUGCUGCGUUCGUUGUCCCCAUUAGCGACGAAGAUAAUACGUAACGAAAGCAUGUCCUCUUCGACAAACGAGAGGGAUUUCCCUGGUACAAAAGUCUUGGGCAGGUGCCUGGAAUUAUUGUCCGAUCCGAUUAACCGACUUCCAGUAAUACAUUUUUUAAAGUCGGCAGCCCCUUUGGUAGGACAUCGAGUGAAGCCUUAUUGGGAUGAAAAGCUAUCGGAGCUUUCGCAGGAGCUUCUGCAGGAGGAAAAAGGCUUUCAUAAAAAUCUCGGAGAAACGGGAAAUUCCACGCAACGAAAUCUAAUGUGGGAAGAAAAGGUAGUGGAAUGGCUGGAGGAGAGCGUAAAGCUAGAGGGAGAAUCGUGGGGCUCCAAGCUCGCUGAUGAACUCGCAUUGAAAGCGAGUACGCCAAGUAUAGCACCACUCUUGGCAGCUCUGUGUAACAACAACGCUCACAUCACUCUGCUCGUUGAAUUUGCGCGUUCUCACGGCACCGUCAAAGAAUUCGCACGUGCGAUUGGCAUCUGCGCAAAGCGGCACUUUAGCAUCGUGCUGAAAUUAAUGGAAGAGUUCUGCGCCGCUGAAGAUGCCAGGAAGGCGCCGGUGAGGCUGCUAGGCUUCGUGAAAGACACGAAAGCCGCCGCUACCGCCGAAGCUGCGAAAGCGGGCUUGCUGCAAUCUUAUGCCGAGAUCGCGCAAAGGGGAGAUCCGAAAGAACUUUUCCCAGUAUAUGAAAAACACAUAUUACCGUGGACUAUCAAGCAGUUGACCGAGUGUAAGGAAUUGUCUGCCAAGGAAGCAGCAUUGUCGGUUCUGGAACAAGUGGCCGAUUCUGUUCAUCCCAGUAGGUUGGCCGAGUCCAAGGGGUUACGCAUUAAACCUACUGCUCUGGCCACUAUAUUAGGAAGUUUGCAAUCAUCAGCUGGGUACAGACCAUUACAGCUCUAUCCAGUGAUACUGAAAGCUGCGAGUGCUUUAAUACGUAUACCACCGGAGCUAAAUAACGAGGAAAGAGAAAAUUUCCUUAGUGCAGUACUGGAUAAGACGAUCGGUGCCAGUUCAGAGAUCGUUAUGCUGUUACACUCAGGAAUAAUGGAGCAAGUCAUAAAGGAACUGGGGAUCAUAGCCAGCGAAAUUGUACGUGAUUCAGCGAACGCGUUAGCUGAGCUGGUCGAUAUACUGUUACCCUGGAUGCAAUCCAAGUUGAAUGCGGAGAGGAGAAUCACAUUGUCCGUGCUGUACACAGCGCUCGACUCCUAUUAUAAUUCCUUAAAGUAUACAUAUCCAGGCGGCAAAUUGGACAUCGGGAAACUCGUAGGACGAAUUUUAUGCUGGUGUCUCGACUCCGAUCUCACAUUGAGACCAUUAGUGGUAGACUGUGUGCUCCUCUCGCUGUACAUUGCGAACCGUCACCGUUCCGUAAUGCCUGACAAUACUUUCAACGAGGAUGUGCAGCGGAUAAAGAUAGACAUACUCAUCGACAACUCAUCAGCAUCCUACGUGGUCGUGCAAAAUCUGGCCGCCGCGGUAUCCUCGAGAAUUCCUGAUGGCGAGAUAGUCAGCUUGGCGGAAGGAUUUAUAGAAGGCUUGUUGUUUUGUAAUGAGGCGAGCAUGGUAGCUGGCACAGCUCUUUCGCAACAUUUUAAGAUCAGGGGCUCGGAAAUAUCUAGAAUUGACGUCUGCUUAGUCGAUCGUAUUAUCAAGCAAAUGAGGCAUAUGGAGAGUGCGAGCUGUAGAUAUAUCGCAACGGUAGCUAUCGUAUCGCUGAUGACGCACCAUCCCGAGGAAGUGAUCGAGCAUCUUUUGUCUCAGCCGUUACCGUUGGAUCCCGGUACCGCCUUGUGUUGGAAAGAGAUUGGCAAUAACGAGAGCCUUGGACAUCGAGUUUUGGAGCUGCUGCUGAAAAAGCUCGAGUCCAACAAUCUAUUCGUCGAGAAUACUGCGUCAGCGAAUUUCGAAAAGAGUAAUACCGCGUCUCCAUCAUCCUUGGCGGCUAUCGUAGGCCUGAGGCAUUUUCUCGAAUCGUCAAACACUGAAAACUUGAUCAGCAAGUCUGAUCAGUUAUCGGUGUUGUUGUCGAUUCUCUUGAGAUACCUUGCGGGCUGGCUGCACGUCGAUGCUCCGGCAUCGGUGAUAAACACGAAGUAUGGAUACGUCCCGAAUCGGGCGGCACAGAAGAUAAAUCCACACGCGGAGGUAUACUCUGUGUUGAUUAACGUAUUACGAGUCAUCGAAUCAAACGUCUCAUCCAGCUUGCUGAACGACGCCGUAUCCCUUUCGGAGACGCAAAACGAGGAGAGUGUGAUAUCAACUGUGCAAAUACUGAUAAGAUGCUUAACGAUGAAGGAUGAUAUCCUGUCGAGCAUAGCGCAAUCUCUGGGCAAACUAAUGACCAGCUCGAUAGUCAUGCAGCGGGCGGUCGCUAUCGCCUUUUACGCGGAACUGAUCGGCAAGGUGGACUGCGGAGCUAUAUGGCUUGAAGCUAUCAUUAACACCUUGCAUGAAGCCAAGGCCGAUUCAUCGUCCUUGGUACGAAAACUCGCCACUAUCGGGCUCGGCAGAAUAGCCUAUUUAGAUCCGAGACAGGUUGAAGAGUACUUUGAUAAUUGUAUGGAUGCCUUGCUUGAUGGACUGGAAGAAUCCGCUGGUGGAGAAGGUGGCGUCGAAGUGGUACUCGAAUCGUUGCGUGGCCUUUCAGUGCUGCUGGCGGUUCGGUAUCAGAAACCCAUCAAUCCACGAGUGAUACUGGCCUUGAAGCCAUUUGUCGAGAAGGAGAAUUGGGAGAUGAAACUCGCUGCUAUAAGCGCCCUCGGCGCGAUAGGUAGCAAUUGGAAGAGAUUGAUCAUAUCGCCGAACGACGAUUUGGUUGAUCACAUACUGGGCUGUUUACCUUCUCUGAUAAUAAGACUGGAAGACUCGAAUAUAACGAUAGUUAAGACUGCACAGGAUACAUUAUAUAAACUUACGAGUGUCAUACAGAGUGAGAGAUUAUCGCGCGCGAUACAGAAUAAUUUGGGACCACAAGUGAAGUUUAAUUUUGAGACUUUUUCGAAGGAUUUGAUAAGUUACUUGAACGAGGAAUGUCCACAGAGAGUAGAAGAACUUAGAAACGCCGUUGUCCGGGGCUAUUCGAAAUCGGAGAAUUCUCACACCAGAGCUACAUCCGCGCUGCUCUUAGGAUUAUUCGGUUCUCCCAGGCCCGAGGAUAUACAGAGAUUGCUACAACUUUUACAUGAUACAGAAAGUAUCGUACGAAUACGCGCUUCGCAGGCUCUUUCGUUUUGCUUUACUCUAUAGUUUAACGUAAAUAAUUCUUUGGUAAUUUAUUCCACUAAACACAAACUGCAUUUCGGGUUCUUUUAUCUUUUAAGAUGUUUAAUUUUUCUGUGAUUGUUGUAAAAUAGUGAUAUAAAUAUGAAGUCCACUUUUUGUUACUUGUUAUAUAAUAAUAUUUGGUAAAGUGCGUUCUGAAACUGUGUAAUCUAUUAGCAUCAUGUAAGAAGACAAUAGUUCUGUAAAAAUGAGAAAUUCUAAUUGAGACUUCUAGGCGAUUGACAAGUUUCCUUCUUCUCUAAAGGCACUCCACUACAUCAUGUACGGUCUGUGUAGGAUGAAGAUAAUUUGAAGAAAAAAGUAUUUAAUUUAUCUUUACAGAUUAAUUUUCUUAUCAUGUGCUCUUUUUCUGACAUCUCUUCAUCUAUAUCUCUUCUCUGACCGACUGUAAAAAAAGUUUAUAAAUCAUUUUUAAUGUACAAGAUGUUUUUUUACAAGAAAUAUAAUAUUGAGAAAAAUUA